AUGGCAGAAAUGGCUGAGACGACGACGACCGACCUGGCGACGGGGUCGGCACCAACGCCAACACCUACAGCAGCACCCGCGGCAGCAUCUACAACAGCACCUGCACCAGUGCCGACACAAGCAUCAGACCCAGCACAGUCAACGCCACAUUUUACUCCAGGCCAUUUCGUGCCUGCUCCGCUGAACGCGCCGCCACAAUAUGUGUCGCCGAGAUCUUAUCGGGUCACCAAGUUGGCUGGCAGGAUAUUUUCGAUUAUUUGCUGCAUCGUCGCCAUAGGUCUUUCGGCCGGCCUGAUGGCUGAUUCAAGAACUGAUGGCGUUUAUGGCUUUUACGGCAUCAUCAUCAUACCGUCGACCGUCGUCUGCAUGGUUUGGGACGUUGCCGAAAUCAUCUGCAUCAUGAAGCGUGAGGGCAACAGGGGCAUCCACCCCGGCGCCAUUGUCGGUGUCGACCUGAUCCUCUGGCUUGGCCUGGUCUUUUUGACUCUCUUGACUGUUACACUCUCGGCGACACAUGCAGAACGGCACAUUGAGGGGUAUUACGAAACCUGGGACUCUGAAACUAGGAGGUGGACAUCGUCUAUCGACCUCGAUUCGCCCGAAAUGAGGGCUCUUGUGAGAAAAAUCAGUGGUCUCUCACAGACAUUAUCUGCCUUUGUUGUCUUCUUGACUCUGACGCACCUUGGCCUUUUUAUCAUUGGGUGUAUCGAGACGAAUUAUCGAAACAGGCGGCCGAGGAUUGUCUAUGUGAUGGCACCACCUCCAGCGAAUGCAUACGCUCCUGCCGCUCCUCCGGGCGUGUUGCCCGCACCGUAUGGAGCUCCGAUGAUGCGAACUCCUCCUCAGGUGAUACCUAUGAUGCCAAUCCAGCCUGUGCCCGUGCCCGUGCAUGUGCCUGUCCGGGAGACAAAGCCGGUUGUUGCGCAGCAGGAGAGAUAUGCUUGA